CUUAGUUUUUAAAUUAUAAAAGACAGUAGCCAGGUUAGGUAUUUAUAUUAUAAUACCUAAAUAUAAAAAUAAUAACAUGUAAUAAUUAUGGCCUGAAUUUAAAUUCCCUAAGAAUUAUCCAAAUAUAUUCAAAAAAUACAUUUUAACCGCAUUAUUGUUUUUAAACAUGACUCAAAAAUUGUUAAGUUGUUAAAAUUGCUAAAAACCACAAAUAAAAGUUAUGUUUUCAAUUUAUUAUCAAGUGUAUUAAACAAAGUUUGCACUUAAAAAGCAUUUCCUGCAAGCCCUGCAAGUCAAUCCUAUGGGAUUUCCCUAAAAAUAAUGCAUUUUGCAUUCAAAUCUGGGCCUUAGUAAUAAAUAAUGAAUAAAUAACUAGGAACUUACGGGCCCCCCACAAGAGUGGUGCAGUUGGACCCGGAUAUUUUUGGGGCACGUUGAAAAUGUUAAUAUACUCAUUCAGUGAAAUUUUCAAGUAUCUACAGUCAUACAUUUUUUAAUUAAAACAAAAUAAGAAAAUCGUUACACGAGGAAUCGAGUGAAUAUCAAAUGUUGUAAAAAUAUGAAUUCCAAAUGUUCAUACAAAUUUUAAUUUGACUUUCUUGUAGACAUUUUUUUUUUUUAUAAAGGUAGACAAACUUAUGAGACAUUUUGUAUUACAUUUUCAAAUCUUAGAUGUAAAAACAAAAUUUUUUAUGAAUUUCUAACUCAAAAUAAUUUGCAAAUUUUCGUCAUUUUUACGUAUUAUGUCAAUAUUUGAACUUUAGAUGCUUAUAAAAAAAAAUUGUAACUGGAUUUUUAAUUUUUUUCAUCUGCUCUUGAAACAAUAACCUAGGAGCCUACUAUUAAAUUUUCAAGCUUUUCUAACCAACAAAUAAAAUGUUAUUGAUAUUUAUAGAAAAUAAAAUGGAAACUGAAAAUGUCCGUAAACAGCUCAAAAUAAGUCAAAAUAUUUGGAAAAUAUUAUGGUGUAUAAUAAAUGCUAAUAUAAACAUUCACUCAAAAUGUCAUGUACCUACGGUCAUUUGUUUUAGAGUUGCAUCAAAAACCAAAAUCGAUUUUCUCAAAAACAGAUUUUGCGUAAAAAUUCCCGUUUUGCCUUAAUUUUUCUUUUGUUUUUCAUGUCGAUUUUGGAAACUACUAAGAAAUGUUGACUUUUGACCUCCCAAAGUUCCAACUAGAUUCACUUUCCUAUCAGAAAAGAUACUGUUGAAGAAAAUCCAAGCAUUUUUACUGUCUUAAAAGGUGAUGACGGACACAAAAAUUAAAAAAUUAAAAAUUAAAAAAAAAACAAACAUCAUUGUAAAAUUAAUACACUCAUCGCUCCGCUCAGAAUCUAAAAUUAUUAAAAAUGCUGAAUUUUUUUUUUCAGAACAUAUAGAUCCAAUUGAAUGUCCAAAUGUUUGUGGCAGAUCAUACAAAGGCAAGUUUCAAAAAUCUAGUCUCCGAAGACAUCUUAUUUACGAAUGCGGAGUUGUUCCUCAAUUUCAGUGUCCCGAGUGUCAAAAACGAUUUGCUGAUAAGGGCAGUAUGAAAAGACAUAACAUCUAUUACCAGAUCCUUUAUUCUGUCAGAACAAUUGUGGUCGAUAUUAUACAGGAAAAGCAGAUUUUUGUGCCGGUCAAAGAUUUAAGUGCCCAAAAGAAUGUGGUAAAUCGUACAAGAACAAAUAUACCCUUAAACGACAUUUAUUUUUUGAAUGCGGUGGUAAAAAAACAUUCUCUUGUAACCUGUGCAGUAAAAAAUUUUCACAGAACACUAAUCUGA